UGGUGCUGCUGCUCUCUGAGGAGGCCGGGGCAGCCACCGCCACCACGGGCUCCCGCUUGCGGGGGGGACCUGGGAGCAGGGGCAGGGGCGGAGGUCAGGGUCCUGGCCAGGGCUCCCCAAUCUCUCAGAGGUUUCACUGGGCUCCCCCGGGUGGGUGGAUGGGUCCGGCAUGCUCACUGCGGGGGCCUGGGGUACUCACGCGUGUGCGAGUAGAUGUACCAGAGCGCGGCGGUGAGCAGGGCCCCGAUGAGGAAGGCACCAAAGGUGAUGCCCAGCACAGCGGGCAGGAGGAGGCCUUUGCUUGUGCAACCUAGAGAGGGCCGCGCCAUCAGCACUGCUGCCUCUGCCCCCGCCCCAUCCCCUACCCUGUUAUACUGGCCCGUGUGGGCUUUGGUGCCAGCCCUGCUCAGCCAUGGACCCUCAACUUCUCUGAACCUCAGUCUCCUUUUGUGGCAAAUGGGCUCAUCACAGCCAGGCCUGGCAUUGAGCCACGGUUGCUAUGACCGUCCACCUAGAGGGUCCAGCCAGGCCUUGUGGGUCGUGCCUCUGCCCCUUAAGGCCGACAGAGAUACGUUUUUGGGGCGAAUGGAUGCGGUAAUGUGAAGAAACGGAGGCUCAGGAGCGCAGAGCCUUCCUCAUCUGCUGUGUGACCUUAAGCCAGCCCUGCUCCUCUCUGAGGUCUUUAGGCAGAGCGAGGGCUAGAGUGGCUCCCAGCGCCCUACGGCUCUGCUGUUGGACUGUUCCAGACCUCAUUCCCGCCACGUUCCUGACUCCCGUGUGACUGCAGGCCAGGUGGCCUUCCCUUCAGCCUCCGAGGUCCCAUCUGUGUCAUGGGGUUAUUAGCCCUGCCUUCUUGGUCCUGGGCUGGGACUGGAGGCUCCAUCCUGGCCUGGAUGGGGUGGCAAACGGGUAGAUGCCCCCAUCCCUCACCCCUGCCUUUGCCACCGGUGUCAGGACUCUUCUCCCUGGUGUGGGCCUGGGCCUGCGGGGAACUGAUGGGGAAGCUAGAGCGGGCGUCCCGCAGGGAGGGGCCUCAAGGAAGGCAAGGCCGGCACCCCACCCCAGAGGGCCUCUGUCCCACCCAGGAGGCUGCAAUCUCCCAGCAAGGUCAGCCAGUAACCGUGGGGAUGGAGUGGAGCCGUGAGUGGGGGCAGAAGCCUAGACUCCCACCCCACAGGGCGGUCCUGGGCAAGGGCUCUCCAGCUGUGAAGUGCAGCUCUGGCCCCUGCUCUAGGCUGCUAGGGUGCUGGGAAGCCCUCCUCCUUCCCCUCCUGGGCCGCUUUCUCUGGGGUCCCCCCUGCCAUGUGCUAUGUGCCCAGGCCGUUUCUCGGGGCUGCCCGCUGUGCCUUACUUUGACCUCAGCCGCUAGGACAAACUUGAGAUACCCGGAGGAAGCUCACCAGACAAGUCAGGGCUGAUGUUUAAGCGCGUGAAGACAGUGCUGCGGAAUUCCUGGAGUCGGGAGAGAGCGGCAUGGGGCACAGCCUUCGGGAGGCAGCUUCCAGCUUACUCCCUGGCUCUGCGCCCCCCGCCCACCCUAGAGCCUCAGCUUUGAAUCCCAUCUCCACCGCUUCCUAGCUGGAUGCCUUGGGGCGAGUCCUGGAAGAUCUGUGCUGUGAGAGGGGGCCUAGCGGAUGAUCCUUGGCUGCUGCCAGAAUGUUUCCUGUGCGUCCCUGGAGGCCCUACGGGAGCACUACGAAUCCCUCACCCUUGUGAAUGCUUUGGAGCUACGAGCCAGGUCAGCCCAGGGAGGAGCCUCUCCCUCACUGUGGCUGGAGGGAGAGGCCCACUUGGAGGCUUGAAGGCCUCCCUAGCUUCCUGUGACCAGGUAAGUUUGUAAUCCUGGAGGCCUGUCUGUGCAAGGGCCUGGGGGUGACUCGGGGGGCACCCAGGACAGACUGCCUGAGAGUGGGGCACAACAGAUGGUGAAGUGUUGUGACUGGCAAAUACAGAAAGCCAGGAGUGUGUGUCCUUUGUCCCGCUUCUCUUCCCUAAGGUCUCCUGUUCUCUGAAAUGAUGCUGGUGAUCAUAGCACAUGGAUGUGAGGGUGGCUGAAUUCCUAGGUGGGAUGGUGGGAUGGUGGCAAGAUGUGUGGAUGCCCGGGUGGGAUGGUGGCAAGAUGCGUGGAUCCAUGGAUAGGAUGGCAGGUGGUUGGGAGGGUGGAUGGAUGGACAGAUGGAAGAAUAAGUGGAAGGAUAGAUGGACGGUUGCAGCUGCACAGCAAUCCCACCAGAAAGCUCUAAGGUGGCAGAAAGUGCCACUGGCAGCCAGACUGCCAGGCCACGUGCCUGACUAAGGCUCUGCCCCUCACCAGCUGGCCCCACAUCCCCAUGGGCUGCCAUGUCCCUGCCUGCAAACCACAGUCCUGGCAGCUCCCACUUGAAGCUGGGCCCAGCCCAGGCCCCACUCACCUGGGACCCAGUCUUGGGACGCAGGGCUACAGUGCAGCGGAGGGUGCCGGCUUUGGGUAUGGGUGCU